AUGUCAUUAGCGGAGUUCGAUGAGAUCAAGUAUGAUCAUUCCACCAAGAGACUAGAUAAUCCAUCGAGUUAUCUAUUGAAGAAAGCUAGAAAGAAUCCCAACGGUCUAGAUGAAUUAAGACAAUCGAUGAAAUCAGCCACUGUAUACGUUGGGAAUCUAUCAUUUUACACAUCCGAAGAACAAAUUUACGAACUGUUUAGUAAAUGUGGUACGAUAAAGAGAAUCGUCAUGGGAUUGGAUCGUUUCAAGUUUACACCUUGUGGGUUCUGUUUUGUUAUAUACAACAAGGCAGACGAAGCCCUAAAUGCAGUGAAAUACCUUUCUGAUACCAAGCUCGAUGAUAGGAAUGUGACUAUCGAUAUAGAUCCUGGUUUCGAAGAUGGCAGACAGUUCGGUCGUGGUAAGAGCGGUGGACAAGUAAGUGAUGAAUUAAGAUUUGAAUACGAUGCCUCGCGUGGUGGAUUUGCCAUUCCCCUUGCAGAACGGGUUGGUAGUGGUGGUACCGAUGGUAGCCACAUGUACCAUGGUCAAAAGCAUCAUAGGCAUCAUGGCGGACGUAGAGGAAGAAGUGAUUACGGAGAGAUUCCUGAUGCAAUGGGUCAAUUCAGACCUCAGGAGCAAAACGAUGAUCAGGAAGAAGAUAACUACGUACCUCAAUGA